UCUGCGCAGAACUGCAGCUACUCAUCUGAUCAGCUGACUAUGAAUGUGAUGCUCCUCUCUGGAAAGACCUCUGACAUGAAAAAAACAGAUUAGCUGCUUAGUUAACCAGCUAUGUAUGAUAAACUGUAGGAAUUAUCACCGCAUAUUGUCUCGUGAACAAGUGAUUCUUUUUCAUCGUAAUUCUGUGACCGCUCCUCACCGCCAGCCUGGCCGCCUCGUCGUCUGCAGCCAUGACCGAGUUCUGGCUGAUCUCUGCGCCCGGGGAGAAGACCUGCCAGCAGACCUGGGACAAGCUGAUGGUGGCCACCACUCGGAACAACAACCUGUCCACCAACAACAAGUUCAACAUCCCCGACCUCAAGGUGGGAACACUGGAUGUCUUGGUGGGAUUGUCAGAUGAGCUGGCCAAACUGGAUGCUUUUGUUGAGAGUGUGGUAAAGAAGGUGGCCCAGUACAUGGCGGAUGUGCUGGAGGACAGCCGAGACAAAGUCCAGGAGAACCUGCUGGCCAAUGGGGUGGACCUCGUCACCUACAUAACCAGGUUUCAGUGGGACAUGGCGAAGUAUCCCAUCAAGCAGUCUCUGAAGAACAUCUCUGAGAUCAUAGCCAAGCAAGUGACACAGAUCGACAAUGACUUGAAGGCCAGGGCGUCGGCCUACAACAACCUGAAGGGGAACCUACAGAACCUGGAGAGGAAGAAUGCGGGGAGCUUAUUGACCAGGAGUUUGGCUGACAUUGUGAAGAAAGAAGACUUCGUGCUUGAUUCUGAAUACCUGAUCACUAUGCUGGUGGUUGUUCCAAAAGUAAGCUACGCUGACUGGCAGAAGACCUACGAAACUCUUGCAGAAAUGGUGGUGCCUCGUUCCACUAACCUGCUGUUUGAGGACCAGGAGAGUGGCCUGUUCAGCGUCACCCUCUUCAGGAAGGCCAUCGAUGACUUCAGACACAAGGCCAGGGAGAACAAGUUCACGGUGCGGGACUUCCAGUACAACGAGGAGGAGAUGAAGGCCGACAAGGAGGAAAUGACCCGCCUCUCCACUGACAAGAAGAAGCAGUUUGGGCCUCUGGUUCGAUGGCUGAAGGUGAACUUCAGUGAAGCUUUCAUUGCGUGGACCCAUAUAAAAGCAUUAAGGGUUUUUGUGGAGUCUGUCUUAAGGUACGGGCUGCCUGUCAACUUCCAGGCCAUGCUGCUGCAGCCCAACAAGAAGAACAUGAAGAAGCUGCGGGAGGUCCUGUACGACCUGUACAAGCACCUGGACAGCAGCGCUGCCGCCAUCAUCGACGCAUCCAUGGACAUCCCAGGCCUGAAUCUGAGCCAGCAGGAGUACUACCCCUACGUGUACUACAAGAUUGACUGCAACCUUCUGGACUUCAAAUAGAGCAGCACUUCCUCCCUCGUACCCGUCGAAUUAUAUUUGUUGAACACAUGAACUAUUUUAUCCUUGAAUUUCUAUCGAUCUAUCCCUGUCUUUUAAAGUUAAAUGUGACCUUCCCUGCCCUCCUAACAUUUGCAUGCCAGUUCUCCGCGGUAAAAACAAUAUCUUCCCGCCAUUUGAACAACAAGGGGGUCGGGGAUCAUUUGUGUUUACAAGACCACUUUGAAAUUACGGGAUUAUUCGUUAUUCCACAUUUGCGGGUUCCUUAUUUUGGAAAAACAAAUCCAAUAUAGUAUUUAAAAAAUAUGUGCUUAAUUUAUCUAUUUAUGGUUAUGUGAUUCGUUUAAAAAAAAAGGUGGGAAGCUGUGCAUUUGGAAUCAUUCCGCGUCUGUGUUGUGCUGUGUUGGUAGCUCCACCCGUGAAGGGUGAAUUCGUAGAUGUUGUUUACAUGAGGGUCGGGCUUCACAUCUCCGUGGUUUUAGAAGUUGUGCUCCUCCGAAGCUUCGAAUCGUGUUUUCACAAGCAAUAUGUGUACGUGUUGUCUCAUGGUGUGUGUAUAUUUUGAUGUUUAAAAAAAAAAAACACUGUCAAAUACCAUUAAUAUAUGAAUAAAUAAAUGUUAACAA